GCCCGGACGUGGCAUGAGGAAGAGCUGCCCCCCCCCACCCCACCCCAUCUGAUCCUGAUCUCCUUGUCUCUGCGGGUCUACCCCUAGUCCGGGUCUACCCCUAGUCCGGGUCCUCCCUAACUCAGCAGCGGAACCGGGACUUCGUUAAAAUGGGUCUCACCAUCUCGUCGUUGUUUUCCAGGUUCUUCGGGAAGAAGCAGAUGAGGAUCCUGAUGGUCGGUUUGGAUGCAGCUGGUAAAACGACCAUCUUGUACAAACUGAAGCUCGGAGAGAUCGUCACCACCAUCCCAACGAUCGGUUUCAAUGUGGAGACGGUCGAGUACAAGAACAUCUGCUUCACAGUUUGGGACGUCGGCGGUCAGGACAAGAUCCGUCCUCUGUGGAGACACUACUUCCAGAACACUCAGGGUCUGAUCUUUGUGGUGGACAGCAACGACCGAGAGAGAGUCGCCGAGUCUGCUGAGGAACUCUCCAAGAUGAUCCAUGAGGACGAGCUGAAGGAGGCGGUGCUUCUGGUGUUCGCCAACAAGCAGGAUCUCCCCAACGCCAUGGCGGUCAGCGAGCUCACCGACAAGCUGGGUCUGCACAGCCUACGCAGCAAGACCUGGCAUGUCCAGGCCACCUGUGCCACCCAGGGGACGGGUCUCUACGAGGGUCUGGACUGGCUGUCCAAUGAGCUGUCGAAGCACUAGACCAGCUGACGGGAAGAUGGGCGAUGUCAUGGGUGAUGUCAUCAGUGAUGUCAUGGGUGAUGUCAUGGGCGAUGUAAUCAGUGAUGUCAUCGGUGAUGUAAUCAGUGAUGUCAUGGGUGAUGUCAUGGGCGAUGUCAUCAGUGAUGUCAUGGGUGCUGUAAUCAGUGAUGUCAUCGGUGAUGUCAUGGGCGAUGUAAUCAGUGAUGUCAUGGGUGAUGUCAUGGGUGAUGUCAUCAGUGAUGUCAUGGGCAAUGUCAUCGGUGAUGUCAUGGGCGAUGUCAUCGGGUGACGCUGUGUACAAAGUGAUGAAGAGGAGGAGGAAGGUUUACCUGAACUGUUUGUUUUUUAAAUUAUUCAUGUCUGUAACAGGAAGUGAUGUCAUGGACUCCGAGCUCUUCUGCUUCUGUUCUUCCUGUUAUCGUUGUUGCAUGUAUCAGGAUCAUGUGACAGGAAGUGAUGUCAGUGUGCCUGUGGGCGGGGUUAAUUUCAGGGGGAGGGGCAACCACAGCUGAGUUACCUGUGGGCAGGGGGCGGGGUUUAUCUCAGGUCACAGUUACCUGUGGGCAGGGGGCGGGGUUUAUCUCAGUUGACAGUUACCAGGGGGCGGGGUUUAUCUCAGGUGACAGUUACCUGUGGUGCGAUGACUGAUUCCACCGAGCCGACCCUGAAGGCCUCGUCAUUCUUUAAAAAUGUCAAGAAUCAACGACGAUGCAAUAAAGUUUUUUUUCCUUCUCA